UGUGGAGAAUAUCACCUACGGCUAAUUGUAUGUACAUAAAGACGUCACUUCCUGUUAAGCUGACACGUCGAUCACAUACAUUUCGGUUAGACACGACAGAAGAUGCCAGCUCCAGCUAGUGCAACCACGGUGGGUGCAGGUAGAUCACCCUCCUCUAAAACUGUCUCCCCUAGAUCUUCAGGCGGAUCCUCCACUGUCAGACAAAGGAAAACCACAUCAGGGAGUAGUGCAGGUCGUUCCAAGCCUGGCAGUGGUGGUGGCAGUGCUGGUAUGUGGAGAUUUUACACAGAAGACUCCCCAGGAAUCAAAGUAGGUCCAGUGCCAGUCCUCGUGAUGAGUUUAAUCUUCAUUGCCUCCGUGUUCAUGAUGCACAUCUGGGGAAAAUACAUGCGCUCCUAACAGACUCUCGACAUCUAGAAUAUUAUCAUAAUAGACAUUUUAGUGACAUUGAAUUAAUUGUCUUGCAAAUGCGUAUUUCAACUUCUGUAAGUGUGCAACUGAAACUUGCUAAAUGUUGUUCACUACAGUAAUAGGUAUACCCCCUAGGGCUGUUUGAUAGACAGGGGUUUCAAACAGUAUCAAUAUUCUUGUAAAAUGUGUCAUGUUAUUGUUAAAUGAUGAGUGAUUUACAAUGAGAAAUGGAAGAAAUGACAGUUUUAUUGCUUAUGAUACUUCUGAUAGUAUUUAAACUAGUAAGUAUGAAUUGAUACUGAUGGUAUAUAAUGCAAGACAUGUUGUCAUUUUGACACCCUGGGGGUUAAAUAAACCUUAAACAUUCACAUCUGUUUUCAUCAUAAAGGAACUGCUUAAAGAUUUUUAUUUUGAAAAUUUAUAUCUUUUUUAUCAGCAAAAAAAUGUGACUGUUUAAACCAGUCUGACCAAAUACUAUGUAAAUACUGUCAUUUAUUUGACUGGUUUUAAGGAGCUGAGUUUUGUGAUGUAUGUAUUAUUUUUCAUGUGAAUAUGUCAGAAAUUGAAUAAAUAUUUAUAUUGAAUAA